AUGGAAUGUGACAUCUGCCGUCGCGGCUACGAUGCCCACCGCCUACCCUUUCUCUGCCCCGUCGAUGCCCGGAACCGUAUUUACCCGGGGCGAAUCGAGAAUGUGCAUCUUCUUCUGGAGAACGAGAGGCUCCAGGAGCAGAUCCAUGGUCUCUUGUCGGCGGAUGGUGCAAAGUCCUCCAAAGACGCCGUCGAGCUCUCUCUUGCGAAGCAGCGCCUUGUCGAAGACCGGACGAGCCAGAUCCUCGCCGCCGCCGACAAGCUCAGGGACGAGAUCCGGUCCGCCAAGGAGGAGAUCAAGGCGAGAACGACGGCUCUGGCCCGGCGCCGAUCCGAUCUCGCCUCCGUUUCCGACGGCCUCCAGGAGCGCUGGGCCAAACAGCAGCACGAAAUGGACAAGUCGAUCCAGAUGGCCAGCUUCCGGUGGUCGCAGUGCGCCGAGGACACCGCCAGGACUCGCUCCUUUCUCUGCACCGAGGCCAUCCGGCUUUACGGCCUGAAGCGCACGAGAAAGAGCAACACGUCACGCUACGACUAUCACAUUGGCAAGAUCCCAGUCGUGGAUCUGACAAGCAUGGACUCACUCGCUCCCGAAGUCAUCUCGACUUCCCUCGCCCACGUCGCCCACAUUCUCCUUCUCGUCUCUCACUAUCUCGCCGUCCGUCUCCCGGCCGAGAUAACGCUCCCGCAUGGCGACUACCCCCAUCCGACCAUCUUCAGCCUCGCCAGCUCGUACCGGCAUCGUCCUCCUCUCCCUUUCUCCUCUGGACCCGUCACGACGCCUUCCUCGGCCCAUGCCCGCGAUUCCGACACCCAGCAUGUCCCUCGCCCCCGUCCCUUGUUCGUCGACAAGCCCCCCGCCCAGCUAUCCAAAGAUGACCCGGCCAUGUACUCAUUCUUCCUCGAGGGCGUCACGUUGCUGGCGUACGACAUCGCCUGGCUCUGCAGCUGUCAAGGCGUAUCCAUCGGCGACAAGGACUCUUUCGAAGACAUCUGUCACAUUGGCCGCAAUCUCUACACCUUUGUUCUCAGCUCUCAGCUGCAGGCGUACGUCAGAUUGCCCGUCAAGACGGCCAACCAAGGCGGGCAUGGGCAUGAUGGGUCGGUCGAUGUCGCAAGCUCGCCGUCGAACUGGAUCGGCCGAUACUCUCACGGCACCAUGUAUUAUUAUCUCGGCGGCGUCGAAGGGACGGAGUUUGUUCGAACAUUCAAGUUGCCGAGCCCCAUGAAGCUGGCGGACAAGCUGAAGAAGAAGCUGCUCGGAGAUGCGGCCGGUGUCGACUGGGAAGUUCUCGACGACGAGGCUUGGAAACCCGAUGAAGCGCCGAACCACGACUGGACGACAAAGGGUAAAUCGCAUGCCAUCAUCGACAAGCUGAGGGAUCAGGGAGGAAAGGCAUUACCCCGUACAGGCUCGAACGGUUGGACGAAAGUGAAGCCAAGGGCGUGA